AUGUCAAGUGCGCAGGGAACUAUUACUUGUGAAAGGACUCGAGGUGUUGACGCGACACUCCUUAUCCCGGAUGACAUCCUCUUCAAGGCGCUGUGGAUUGCGGCCUUUUCUAAUCCACCGCGUGGGGUGCUGCUCCCGUAUCAUGGACGUGACUCCUUUGCAUACGGCCUCCGAUCUGUAUGCAGGAGAUGGAAUUGCGUCCUCGUGUCGAACCCGGCGUUCUGGGCUUCGCUCGUGGCCGUUGCGAGUAACGAGGACGCAUUUGACCUAUUUCGACAGAGGUCGAAGGGCCAUCUCCUCGACAUAUCUACCAGCGGGAAUGUUUCUCUUGCUCGCGUUGUGGAAGCGUUGCCGCGCGCUCGAUCGCUGGAAGUCUCUCGUGACGAUACGCGGACUCAGUGGAACGGUAUUUUAAACAAGACCGCCGCAUUUCCCAACCUCAAGAUCAUUCGCUUGGACCGCCCACAUUUACGCGACUUUCCACAUUUCGAGUUGCGUAUCAACCUACCGAACGCAAUAGAGUGUUCGAUCGACUGCAAGGCGUCGCUACUCGCCCCGCGUCUACAGUCACUUUGCUUAACGGACGUUUACGGCGACGGGUUGUACUUCGCCGAAAUGCUACGCGGGCUUAGAAGUCUCGAGACUCUCGAGAUAUUGAGUCCUUGGACGUCACGCGCGUACGAUUGGACGAGCCUCCUUCAAGGGCUGAGCGGAUCGAACUUGGAGACGCUCGUCGUGAACGCCCGUGGACGCAUUCCGCGUGCAGAAGCUACACCUGUACAACUGCCGCGAUUGUCAGUGUUCAAGACUACAGUACCAUUGCUUGCCACGUCCUCUAGCAGAUGCACAUUCAGCUGCCGUGGGCUGAUGUGGGCGGCAUUCCUCUUGAUGGCGUCAGGUGCAGGGAAUGACGUGAGCUGCGACGCGUGGGAUCUUGCAGGCGUUGUGGAGUAUGGCAAGGAAAUGGAACAUAUUGAAGGAUCGGCGUCAGGGACACAUGUCAAGGCAUUGGCGUACCAUACGCCAAUAGACGCAGCGUUCCUCGCAGCUUUGCCCUUCCUGAAUGUCCAAGGCAUGCGCGAGCUACGAGUCACCGUUGAAGCGCCAUUCGAGGUCACCAAGGCUGUGCAAUGCCAUUGUGACGUGCCCGUUCAGGAUCAACGCAAAUAUGUCGCGGUAGAGUCGAGGUUAAAGGCGUUGGCGGCGUUUAUAUUCUCGCAGUGCGAGGACGGAGCCACCGUGACCUUACGCGUCGAAGGUGUGGACUCUGGCCUUGGUGUCGUUGUCAAUGCCAGCGCCUCGGCAACCAUACCCAAAGCGGGUGCACAGGACAAGCUGAGCAUAGGCACGUCGAUCGAUGAUCUACCUGUUGAAUGUCUACACGCGAUAUUUGAAGUAUAUCAGCAGCUGUGCCCCGCGGGUCGAUAUAACGAAGACCGAGACACUGUCGGUAUGGGCUGGGUCAUAAUUGGUCAUGUCUGCAGCCGCUGGAGGCGUGUUGUUCUCGGAUCGCAAGGCAUCUGGGCGCGGGCCGUUACCCAGUUCUACAGCAUAUCUGCCGUGAACACGUUCGUGGAGCGAGCUGGAGGAUCCGCGUUGUGCAUUGACAUGGAAACCCUUCGACAGGGUUGGCGUAUGCGACCGGACAGGCAUGGUGUUAAGGAAAGGGUGCUACGACCCGAACUGCUCUCGAGGGCUUGCGAAUUUGUUAACUUGGCGUGGGACGAUUACCAUCCGCAUUACGUACCGUCACUCCACGUCAUCAUCUCGUCUAUCACGUUCAUGGAGAUGACACGGCUUGAGGUGGCCAUUCCUCAUCAACGUCGUGUAACCAGACCUAUCAACGCGCCCCGUCUCCGUCACCUCUCCAUCAGAUCUAACGCAGGGGACAUGGCGUCGUGCCCAAUGACUGGGCGAGUUCUGAUCGCGACUCUGGACGCAGCACCUGAUAUUAGGUGCAUAUCGUUGCAUCGGUGCAUCGAUACAACGGAAUUCGGACGCGAAGUGGUCGAAGACCGGCCCUGCGAUACACGUCGGGUGCUGCAGGAAGUCAACCUGGGCUGUUUUGAUGAGAUGUUAGUGAAGUUGAUCACGACCUCAUUCUACGUCGAUGACAGUUCUCGAGUCGCAAUUGAAUUGUACGGCGUACAAGAUCUGGCCGCCGCGGUCCACCUCUCCACUGAGGCGUUCGACGUGCCCCGGCAAUCUGUCGAGUCUAUCGAGAUUCGAUACAAGCACGAUAGUGCUGUCGACGACACCCGCCUGACGGAGAUAUACUCGUACUAUUACCUGGCUUUUACAGCCUACAUGUCAAGUGGCCUCCGGAUCGCCUUUCGGGCACUCGAUGAGGAGCCUUCGUGGACAUGGGACGCAUUUGCAAAAGCGUUUCCAUGUGCAACGGCACGGUCAUUAGAGCUAUCGUGCGAUACAAAACGGGACGAUCCAGAUCUGCACGAGUUUGUGAAUAACGGCGUGCAGGGUGUCAUAGCUGGGAUGCAUGAGGUGGAAACAGUCGUUGUCCAACAUCGCGCUCUCUUGGACUUUGUUCGUCACCUCGCACCGGAUGCCCCACUCAGGGACAUUACGGUUGCGAUCACGUUUCACGACGAACUCGAAGAGGUCAUGGAAUUGCGAAACUGGUUACUCAGCAGACAGGAUAUACGUCGCACGAACGUGCAUUUGCAAGGUAGUAUAUCUACCAUCCAGAGACCGGAACGUUACCGACAAUACGAAGCGCACGUUAUGGCUAAAAUUCGGGAUCUAUGCAACGUAUAUGAUACGCGCAAACUCUUGCGUCCUCGUAUUGUUCGAGACGACAUUUCUUGA